AUGAGUGUCGUCGGUGUUGAUCUCGGAACCGUCAACACGGUCGUCGCCGUCGCCAGGAACCGUGGCGUCGAUGUUAUCGCAAAUGAAGUGUCCAACCGGGCGACGCCAUCUCUGGUCGGCUUCGGCCCCAAGUCACGAUACCUCGGCGAGACGGCCAAGACACAAGAAAUCUCCAACCUCAAGAACACCGUUGGCUCAUUGAAGCGCCUCUGUGGUCGCUCCCUCAGCGACCCCGAUGUCCAGAUCGAGCAGCAGUAUGUCUCUGCGCCCCUGGUCGACAUCGACGGCCAGGUCGGCGCCGAGAUCACCUACCGUGGCCAGAAGGAGAAGUACACUGCUACACAACUCACCGCCAUGCUGCUGAGCAAGAUCAAGGCCACAACCUCUGCCGAGCUUAAGCUGCCCGUCUCCGACAUCGUCCUCAGUGUGCCCGCCUGGUUCACCGACAUCCAGCGCCGCGCCCUGAUAGACGCCGCUGAGAUCGCCGGCCUCAAGGUCCUGCGCCUCAUGAACGACACCACCGCCGCCGCCCUCGGCUACGGUAUCACCAAGCUCGACCUGCCCGCCGCCGAGGAGAAGCCCCGCCGUGUCGUCUUCGUCGAUGUCGGCCACAGCGAGUACACUGCCUCCGUCGUCGAGUUUAAGAAGGGCGAGCUGGUCGUCAAGGGCACCGCCUGGGACCGUCACUACGGUGGCAGGAACUUUGACAAGGCCCUGGUCGACCACCUGGCCAAGGAGUUCCAGGCCAAGUACAAGAUCGACAUCUUCUCCAACCCUCGCGCCGUCGCUCGUGUCUACGCCGCCGCCGAGAAGACCAAGAAGAUUCUGUCGGCCAACCAGCAGGCCCCCGUCAACAUCGAGUCCCUCAUGAACGAUGUUGAUGUCUCCGCCAUGGUCACCCGCCAGGAAUUCGAGGCCCUCAUCGACCCCCUGCUGAACAAGACCACCGCCCCCCUGGAGGAGGCCCUGGCCCAGGCCAAGCUGACCAAGGACGACAUCGACUUCAUUGAGGUCGUCGGUGGUGGUUCCCGUGUGCCUGCCAUCAAGGAGCGCAUCCAGCAGUUCUUUGGCAAGAACCUGUCCUACACUCUCAACGCUGAUGAGGCCGCCGCACGUGGCUGCGCCUUCAGCUGUGCCAUCCUCUCCCCCGUCUUCCGCGUCCGUGACUUCUCCGUCCAGGACGUCAUCCCCUACCCCAUCGAGUUUGGAUGGGAGAAGGCCCCUGAUAUCCCCGAUGAGGACACGAGCCUGGUCGUCUUUAACAAGGGCGGCGUUCAGCCCUCCACCAAGAUCCUGACCUUCUACCGCAAGCAGCCCUUCGACCUCGAGGCACGAUACGUCAAGCCCGACGACCUGCCUGGCAAGACGAACCCAUGGAUCGGUCGUUUCUCGGUCAAGGGCGUUAAGGCCGCCGGUGGCCCCGACGACUUCAUGAUCUGCAAGCUGAAGGCUCGUGUCAACAUCCACGGUAUCCUGAACGUGGAGAGUGGCUACUAUGUCGAGGACCAGGAGGUCGAGGAGCCCAUCCCCGAGGAGGAGCCCAAGAAGGAAGAGGGUGACAAGAAGGACCCAGAUGCCAUGGAGACAGACAACAAGGAGGAGAAGCCCAAGACGCGCAAGGUGAAGAAGCAGGUGCGCAAGGGAGACCUGCCCAUCGUCGCUGGCAACCUGUCCCUGGAUGAGUCUUCCAGGAACAACCUGACCGAGAAGGAGAACGCCAUGGUCAUGGAAGACAAGCUGGUCGCCGACACCGAGGAGAAGAAGAACGAGCUCGAGACCUUCAUCUACGAGCUCCGCAACAAGCUUGACGAGCAGUACGCCGACCUCGCCAGCGACGAGGAGAAGGAGAAGAUCAAGGCCAAGCUGGAGGCUUCAGAGGACUGGCUGUACGAGGACGGUGAGGACACCACCAAGGCCGUCUACAUCGCCAAGAUCGACGAGAUCCGCUCCCUUGCCGGCCCCGUCAUUCAGCGACACUUCGAGAAGGUCGAGGCCGAGCGCCAGGCGGUCCAGGCAAAGGUGGAUGCCGAGCGGGCGGCCAAGAAGGCUGCCGAGGAGGAGGCCCGCAAGCAGGCCGAGGCCCAGAAGGCACAGGAGGGCGCCAACAAGGACGCCGAGAUGCAAGACGCGGACGCCGCACCAAAGGCGGAUGUCGAGGAGUCACAGGACCCGAAAUAG